AUGUGGUUGCUAGUGGCUGUGCUUAGCCUGUCAGUGGCGGCCAGUGGGACCCCCUGCGAACAGGCGCGCAUGCGGUGCGCCUACCGUACGGGCUGUGGUGCUGCCCUCUCCAACUACAUGUAUCUAUGCGACGAGGUGCUCUCCAAGCCUGCCACCGUGUGUCCGAAGGCGUGCGAACAUGCACUGAUUGCGUUGACAUCUACUGAAGAGGGGAAAGAGCUUAUGAAUUGUCAAUGCGAGGAUGAAUAUUGUGUUGAAGCCAAGCAGAGAAUCGAUGUAUGUCGGCCACAGGUGCUAAGAGGUGCGGCCAACGCGACGUCUUCAUGCCGUCUGUCCCAACUCAUAUGCCUUGCGGAUGCACAGUGUGCCACAGCUUUAGAUUACUAUCACCAACUAUGCAGAUCAAUGUACCGCGGCAGAAAGUGCUCUAACAAGUGUCGAAAUUCAAUAGAAAUAUUGAGAAAGCAAGACAAAGCAGCUGCCUUGACGGCUUGUCAUUGUGACGGCAACGAAGAUUAUGACUGUCCAAGGAUGCAAAAUAAUCUCGCGAGACUUUGUUUUCAUAAACAUCUUAAAAAUCAUACGAAGACCCACGAGAAAGGAUACGAGGAGAAGCAUAAAAAACACCACCAAGAAUUGCCCUCAGCCACCACUUCUGUUGCUGCAUCAUCGAGUCUACUAGUUUUAUUAUGCGUAUUUAUAUUGUACAACUCG